AUGGACAUGAAUUUGUCAGCGCGUUGUGCUUUUGUUCUUUUUCUGUUGGCAUUUGUAGAUUUGAAAAUAGUCUCUGCUGCAGAAACGGGAGGCACAUCUACAGCAAAGCCUGGAGUGUGCCCUCGUAGACCAUGGGGCGUAGGGACAUGUGCAGAGUUCUGUUUCAAUGACAGUGACUGCCCCAAUGAUGAAAAAUGCUGCUACAAUGGAUGUGGGCAUAACUGCAUUGCACCGUACACAGCAAAGCCUGGAGUGUGCCCUCGUAGACGAUGGGGCGAAGGGACGUGUGUGGAGUUCUGUUCCAAUGACAGUGACUGCCCCAAUGAUGAAAAAUGCUGCCACAAUGGAUGUGGGCAUGACUGCAUUGCACCGACACAGCCUGGAGUGUGCCCUGUUAGACGAUGGGGCGUGGGGAUAUGUGCAGAGUUAUGUUCCAAUGACAGUGACUGCCCCAAUGACGAAAAAUGCUGCCACAAUGGAUGUGGGCAUAACUGCAUUGCACCUUACACAGCAAAGCCUGGAGUGUGCCCUCGUAGACGAUGGGGCAUGGGGAUGUGUGUGGAGUUCUGUUCCAAUGACAGUGACUGCCCCAAUGAUGAAAAAUGCUGCCACAAUGGAUGUGGGCAUAACUGCAUUGCACCGACACAGUGAAGCCCGGUCGCUGUGUCCUGCCCAACGGGACCUACAUGUGUGCCGAGUACUGUUACAAAGAUGGCCAGUGCCCCGAGGAACAGAUGUGUUUCCAGAUAUGUUGAUUCUAUGCCUGCAGUGAGCCAUUGAAGCUUUAUUGGAAAUUCUUAUUAGUUAUAAGAAAUAAGUAGAAAAUACAAAUCAUUACAUGUACAAUUAUGUCUAUGAAAACUGAUGAUUUUAUGCAAUAAUAAAUAUGAAAAAUGAUCAUAGCUUUUAUGGAAACUGGACAAUUUUCAUGGGCAGUAUGUGAAUUGACAAACUCAUGUGGACUGCUGAAUUUGAAUAAAACAAG